AUGGCUUGGUGGUUGGAUGAGGAAUGGCCUCAGGAGCAUCAAGAUGAUGUUUUUGGGGACAUUGACUGGCAAGAGUGGAGUCCCAGCAGUUGGGACGAUUGGAAUGAGCCCACGUUCUGGAACGAUUGGUCGGAUGACUGGUCAUGGCAUGAAGUCGAUUGGCAAGAUGGCUGGAUCGAUGAUGAAGAGAUCAAUCCAGAACAGAACAGCGAGGCUGUCAUCGAUACUGGCGCAACAAAGAACGCCGUAGGCAUUGAUGCUUUGAAUGAUUUAGUUGUGUCAGGUGGUUUUUCCUAUUUGGUCACCAAUGACAGCCUGCCCACCUUCCGCUUUGGGAACGGCCAGACCGACAAGGCGGUCAGCAAGGUCAGUCUCCAGGGCACAUCCUUGGGACCCAUGUCCUUUUACGUUUUGGAUGGAACUGGAUACAACAACGGCAUGUUUGUUUUUCGACCCCAUGGGGAAUUGGCACAAGUAGAGGAGGAAGCAAAGGCUGUUCAGCUUGAGGCUUUGUCGUCAGGACACCUCACGAUUGACCUGGCGGCCAAUCCAGUUCAUGUUUCUGAGGGCUUCCCGUGCUUUGGAAAGCAUAAAGAAGGGAAGAUGAGGCAGAACCAGCACGCCACUUGGAGUCAGUGCGUGCAGUGUGGCCUACGCCUCGCCUAUGUCAGCAAGAAGGCAGCUGGUGGACAUACCAGACAGAUGGGCCCGGAUCCUCAUUUGAUCCGCUUGGCCAUGGCAUCCAUCGAGAAGAUCACGCCUCCCGACCAGGUGACAGCCGAUAUGGUGAAUGGCAAGCUCAUGGAGAUCAAGGGCACGAUGCUCCAGAUGGGGAUCAAGACAUCCCUGGCCAUCAACAUGACUCUCAAGGAGUACGAAGAGCGCCUGGAGCGGUAUGGCCGAGCAGAUGGGAAGCCUCUGGUGACGGUCAAGAAGGAGAAGGAAAGGUCGGCAGCCCCAUCGACGCCGGCGACGACAGUGCCGGGAUCUCCGGAGGGUUUGAAGACCUCCCCAAGCUCAGCCGAGGAGAAGACCGGCCUGAAGGCAGACAUCAAGAAGAUGAUGGGCUACAAGCCAAGCCGGUCGCCAUCACCAGGCAAGAGAUCCAGUCCAUCGGCCCCAUCGAAGCCAGAGCUUCCGAUCCAUGUGGAGGAGGAGAACCCGGUCAUCGAUGUGACCUCGGAGGACGAGCAUAUGGACAUGGCGAAUGGCCACUCGGCCCCAAAAGGCGAUUGA